UCGGCGCGGUCACGCUGUAUAUACAUAUAAACGUCGGUUCUCUUCUCGAUUCAACACACUUGUCCAAUUUCAUUGCGUUUGCGAUUAUUUUCUACUCAAAGCCUAUGCAUCGUAACUUAAUACAACAACAACUGUGAUCGCCAAACAUCGGAAAACAACAAAAAUAAGCACGACAAGAAUUGCCAAGUUAGUUAUUCUCAACAAAAAGUCAAAUUGCAACAAAGUAAAAAAGUGUGACGCUCCAUUGAAAAUUCCACCUUCCCCGCCCCGCAGGAAGAUAACCAAAAAAGAAAAGUGCAAAAAAAGUGUCGAUUUUUCGGCAAAUUUCAACCCAGAAGCAAUACACAUUGUGCAUUACAAAAAAAAAAGAGGAGAAAAUCGCAAAAAGACGUUUGAAUCACAAACGCUCGAGUGCAAAAUCAAUCGACGCCGAUCAGACACUGUGUCGUAAAGUCCAAGAAGCGCAUAAAGGGGGACACGGAAUUGGAAAGGGAAACAAAGAACCCGAGUCGAGAAGCCCGUAGUUCAGAGAAGAAAUAACCAAUCGCCAGCUAUGGUCAUGGAUGCGACCCAAUCGCAGCAGCCUUCGCCGCAGUCUGUGGGACGCGAGUUUGUUCGCCAGUACUACACGCUGCUGAACAAGGCGCCCAACCACUUGCAUCGCUUUUACAACCACAACUCGUCGUACAUCCAUGGAGAGUCCAAGCUGGUGGUUGGUCAACGGGAGAUCCAUAACAAGAUCCAGCAGCUGAACUUCAAUGAUUGCCACGCCAAGAUCAGCCAAGUUGAUGCCCAGGCCACUUUGGGCAACGGUGUUGUAGUUCAAGUCACCGGUGAGCUGUCCAACGAUGGGCAGCCUAUGCGUCGAUUCACCCAGACGUUUGUCUUGGCCGCCCAGUCACCGAAGAAGUACUACGUACACAACGACAUCUUCCGCUAUCAAGAUCUGUACAUCGAGGACGAGCAGGAUGGCGAGUCGCGGUCUGAGAACGAUGAGGAGCAUGACGUUCAAGUGGUUGGCGGCACUGUGGAUCAAGCUGUUCAGGUGGCUGGCGAUGUGGUUGCUCAACAGCCGCAACAACAGGCUACUCCGCAACCACAAGCUCAGGUCGUGUUGCCCCAGCAAGUGGCUGCUGUAGCUGCUGGUGGUGCUGCCCCGCAGCAGAUUUUCUAUCCAUUGCCAGCGGGAGCUACGGCCGGUCGUCCUGUGGCAGUUCUGCCACCAGCUCCUCAGGCAGCUGCCGUUCCACUGCCAGCGCAGUUCACCGUUCCGCCACCACAGCCCAUCCAGAAUGGAGUGGUGUCGCACGAGGAGCUGCAGCAGCAGGUGCUGGUCCCUCCCAGCGUGUCUCCUCUCGUGCAGCAGCAGCAGCCUAGCGGCACACCAGUGUUGCCCAUCGUUCCAGUGCCAAGUGCGGGCUUCCAGCAAUCGCCACUGGUGGCACCACAGCUCAUCCAGCCACAGCAGCAGCAACCUCCUCAGCUGCCCCCACAGCAACAGCAGCAAACCAUCCAGCAGCAGCCUCUACAACAGCAGCAGCAGCAACAAUCGCUGUCGGAGCCCGAAGAUGUCGAGGUACCACCACGACAGAUUCAGAAGCCACCCACGCCCGUCGAGGACUUCAAGACCAUCCACGAGCAGCAGCAGCAGGAGAAGUACGAGGCCGCUAAACAGCAGCAGAACGAGCCAAAGACUUAUGCGAAUCUGUUCAAGUCCACGUCGUCCUCGCCCAGUGGCUUUGUUAAUGCCGCCCUGCAGCAGCAACAACAGCUUCAGCAGCAACAGCAGCAGCAGCAGUCGAUCAGCAGCAAUACCUACAGCUCAUCCACGGGAUCUGGAAGCGGCGGCAAUGGCGGUCAGGUUAGCUACUCCACCACAGCGUCGUCCUACAACAACAGCAACGGCAACUCGCGACUGGACAACGGUGGUCCGCUGCCACAGCGCAACAAUUCGAUCCGGAACAACAAGGGUGACUUUGAGCAGCGUCGCUCAAGCAACACGCAGCAGUUUGGUGAUAGUCAGCAGCUUUUCCUGGGCAACAUUCCUCACCACGCAAGCGAGGAUGAUCUGCGCGAAAUCUUCUCGCGCUUCGGCAAUGUCCUGGAGCUCCGCAUCCUAUCCAAGGCUGGCAACAAAGUGCCACCAGGCAUGCGCAGCCCGCUGAACUACGGCUUCAUUACCUACGAUGAUCCGGAGGCAGUUCAAAAGUGCCUUGCUAACUGCCCUCUGUACUUCCCGGAGAACUCACCCGAUGGACAGAAGUUGAAUGUGGAGGAGAAGAAGCCGCGCGUCCGCAAUGACAUGUUGCCCCGUCAGCCGAUCGGCGGCAACAACCUUAACAACAACAUGGGUCGUUUGGGCGGCAACAACGGACCGCAAUCUCGUCCCAUGGGCAACAACAAUGGCAGCGGCGGUGGCAUGAUGCGUAACAAUGCUGGAGGCAAUAAUUUGCGUCAGGGAGGCGGUAGCGGUGGCGGAAACGGAGCUCCACGUUUGGGAGGCGGCGGUGGAUUCGGGCAGCGCCAGGAUAAUCGCACCGGCGGUGGCAACAACCAGUCCAACGGACCGCUGCGCGGGGCCGGAAACGGACAGAGCGGUGGUGGCAACUACGGACGUCGCUAAAGGAAAUCCUUAGCACGGCAUCAGCAAAAGCAAGAGCAUCAACAAGAACAGCAGCAGCAGCAGUAGCCACAACAAUAACAGCAGCAGCAACAACCCAACGUUAAACAAACAAACAUCGACUUCUUCCACAAUGCAAUCAAUCAAUUACAUUCAAGAACAUUUCAUGCAAUUGAAAACACACAAAGACACACAGAUCACACUUAACAUCAAGUAGUUGGAGCAACAAAAAAAAACUGUCAACUGUCCUUUAAAUGUUCCUGAGCGCAAUUCUCGGGGCGUCGAGCUGAAACAAAACACAAAAAAAAAAAAAGACGAAAAAAGUAAAAUCUUGAGUCUCUUCUUAGUUUAAUUGCGUUAGGCUCGCUUAUUCCAGCCAGUUCGUGCCAAAAUAUACCGAAAUUCUGUGCAAAUCUCUGUUGUGAAUUCAGAUAAAUAUUGCUUCAGCUCGUUAACUGCUACUCUCUACCACCCCCUCGCGGAAUCACCUUCACCUUGAAACACGUGUAUUAAGUUUAAGUCUCAAACACAUUUAGAACACACUCAUUGAAAAACACACACACACACACAAACAUAAACAGACAGAAGACACUCAAUCACCCAUCUUAGCAUAAAUGUAAACUUUAAUUUCAGCUUUCGUUUGGCAAAACACUUUUAAAUAUCUAACUUAAGUUCGCAGGAUGAAAGAAUUGGUUUAAACAAAAAAAGGAAAUAAGGAAAGGAGCAAUGCAACACAUUUUCGUUUGUUUUUUCAUUGUAUAACCACAUUACUUAAGCUAUAUAAAGAUUAAAUUAAAAGGGAACUUAAACACAACUUAGCUAAAAAAUAUAAAACAAAGCAAAAAAAAAACAAACAAAAAAAUGAAAAACCUUUGUAAAAUGCAAUAAAAAAGAGCAAAAGAAAGACUUGAAAAAAUAUUAAUUUAAAAACUAAAAAAAAAAUGAAAGUAAACUCGAGAAAAAUGUAAGGCGCGGUUGAAGGCAGGCAGAAAAUUAAGAACAAGCAGAAACACACUAGAACACACACCCCUUAGGAAGAAAAUACAUUGCAAGUGAAAGGAAAAUCAAUUCAGCACCAAGCCGCAAAUAAUAAAAAAUGUGAGGAAAAACACACGCAUCAACCACACGACGACGUUUAGCAGCGCCCCUUAACAGUUCGCCGCAUUUUAGAGAGUCAGCCUGUAAACCUUUUGCUACUUAAAUCUAAUUUGCAGAUUAUUUUAGCUAGUCUACUGUAUACUAGGGAAUCGGAUGUAAAAGAUUGUGGAGAUGACAGAGAUCGUGUGAAGGGGGAAAUGCGGUGCCGGCGCCGCAGCAGAAGGGGGGCGUGGUCGAGGGACAGAUAGACGGACUGUGUUUAUGCUUCUUUUUUUGUUCUGUGUAAUGAGUUCAAGGUCGUAAACCAAACUAAGUCAAGCAACUUAAACGAUUUGGUGUUUCCAACGCAGUUGUGAACUAAAAUUUAGUACAUAUUUUUUAAAUAAAAUCAAGAAAAGCCCAAAAAAAUAAGAAAGAUGAGAAUCAUAUAAAAAAACACAAACCUAUUAUAAUAGUUGGAGGACGAAACACAAGCUACUAACAUUUUUCUCAAGGUAAAAACAAGCAAAACAUGUAACAAGAAAUAUAUACAAAUAUAUAUAUAUAUAUAAAAAUAAAUAAAACAAAAACUCAUAUAAUUUAAUGUUAACUUUUAGACUUACCAGAAAUCUAAAUAUACAUAAAUAUAUAUUUAUAUAACUGCUGCAGCAAAAAAAGAAAAGCGGAGAGGGAAACUAAAAAGAGAAACAUUUAUUAACGUGUGAAAAUCUUUUGAAUUUUUUCGCAGGCGUCCAAGUAUAUAUAUUUGCCUAAGUUAUUCUUGUUUUGUUAAAGCUUAAAGACUUUUGAUUCGUUGGAAACAUAUCAUUUGUUUUUGUUGUACGACGCCUGCCCUAGAGAAUCAAUUGCUAAAUCAAUUACUUUUUACAAGAAUUUCUAAUACACACACAUAAACACGUACAGCAUUUUUAGCACUGUGAACCAGGGUCUAAAGCAAUUUUAGUACAUUUUUUGUAAAACGAAAAUGUUAGUGUUCAAAUCUUAGCUCAACGAUCAGUGCUGAAGAAGCUUCGUAAACACCAACAAAAAACAAAAAAAAAACAGCAUCUAAACAAUACAAUACAAAUCAGAGGUACUAACUAAAUCUAUGUAAGAGUAACGAAAAAACAAUUAGAGUUCAUGCUCAUUUCUAAGUAAACCGAUGAAAUCACAAUACUGCAGUUUGUAAAGAGCAAAAAGAAACGGAAACACUUAAUUAUAAUUUAAUUUAUAUGUAUACAACUACAAAAUAAUUAUAAUAAUAAAAACAACCACAAAGAUUCAGCGUGUUUACCAGAAAA